GUUUGGGCUAAAAGCCAUUACAGAAAGAGAGCAUCAUUUCCUCAGGGAGUACUGUAUGACAAUGAAGCCACUAACAGUAGCCCUAGACAUUCUUCAGGGAGAGGACAACUGUUUCCAUGGUACUCUCUUACCCACGCUGGAGACAUUGGUGUUCAAGACCCUGGAGCUGAAGAGUGGCCUGCAAAUUCUGGUUGACCUUCCAGAGGCAAUUGUUGUGGCAAUUAAAACAAGAUUUGCAGAGGUGCUGGAAAGCGAGAAUGCUAUCUUGGCUGCGGUGAGUCUGCCUAGGUUUAAAUUACGCUGGCUGCGGACACAGGACAAGAAGGAUAAGGCCAAGGCAAGACUUCUGGCAGAAUGCCGCAAAGGUGCUCAAGAUGAAGACCAACAAACGGGUACCACCAGCACAUCAACACACACCAGCUCAACUACAGAGGAUGACUUCUUUGCCUUUGAUGACGAGGAUGACACUUCUGCUACUGCUGAAAGUCAAGUCGCGGAUUACUUUAAAUCAGGAACACAAGGGAUGGACGCUCUUCAUACGUUUCCACUGAUAAAGAAAAUUUCACUCAAAUACAAUGCAGCCACUCCAUCCAGUGCUCCUGUAGAGAGACUGUUUAGCCUAGGGAAGCUCAUCUUUACUCCAAAGAGGAACAGACUCUCUGACCUUAAGUUUGAAAAGCUUCUACUUUUAAGAUACAAUCAGUGGUUUAAUGGCUGAGAUGGUGAGAUGACUGGGUAGGCUGGGUGGAUGAAUGAAUGCAUGGAUGAGUGUUUGGAAGCAGGAUGGAUAGAUGAAUGAACGAUUGCUAAGGAAUUAAAGUUGCAUUUGUUAAAAAAAUUUCCGUACUAUUGCAGUACAGUACUAUUGCCAUUACUUUCAGUACUAUUGCUAGACAGUAGUAUUUUCAGUUGGCUACUGUUUUAAAAGCAGUUCUGUUAAACUGUUUACUUUUUUUUAAGAACAUACUUGGAGCACUGUAUGUCCACCAGUUGUCAUUUAUUUAUUUUAUUUUGCUAGUUUUAUUUUGAUGUUUACUUUUGUGAAAAAGAAAAUAAUUUAAGUAUAGCAUGUCAGUUUUCUGAAGUUAAAAGAAAUUAAUAUUUAAACUGUUUACUUUUCUGAUGAAGAAAAUUCUUGAAGUACAGUUGUACCAGUUGUGGUCUUUUGAGGUGCAAUAAAUAUUAAAACCUCUGUUCAGGUACCAGUCUUUGCUGUUCUACUCUAUGCACCUGGCCUGUGAAACCUGUUCUGAAAAAAAUCAAACUUCUUUGACAUUUUUAAACUUUAAAAAAGUAAUGAAAUAGUUACU